UGCUCUCCUGAGGGGAGGCGGAGAGCGGCAACUGCUGGCCUGGGACUGUGUGCGGCGUCUAACAUGGCUCCCCAGCACUCGCAGCUCGCAGGCGGCCCGUGGCAGGGGAGCUGCUGAUCUAGGGGUGCAGCCGCCCCAGCUGCCCCUUAGGUGGCUCCUGAGCACUGGGAGCGGCCUCUGGGCAGGGGGAGCUGCUACUGCUGAUCCGGGGUGCAGCCCCUAACGUGGCCCCCGUUCCCUACGGUGGCUGCUGGGGACGUGGGGUUGCAGCCUCCCCUGCAGCCCCUAAGAGGCGGCCAGCACCCACAGCUAACGGGCGACUGUGCUCCUGGCGAUCAGGGGGUGCAGGCUCCCCAGCACCCAUACAGGAAGCCUCUCAGAGCUACGGCUCAGGAGGGGCCUCAGACUGGGGAGCUGCUGCUUUUUAGGAGGAACAGCUUUGCCAGUGCCCUGCUAUGGGUCUCCCAUUUGCCAUGUGCUGCUCGCAGAUAUGGGGAGCCCCUGUAGGGGGGGGGCAAGGUAUGCGGCCUUUAUAAUGAUUUCUAAGCAGCACCUCCACUAUUUACAGGGCCCAGGUCAAAAGUGGGGUGAGAGAAACCCAAUGCUCUCAAAGGAGGCUGAUCAGCUCUAAAAAGACGAAGAAAGAUCUUCUCAUUUCCAGAGUAACUGGAGACUGCACUUUUGCCUGCAUCUUAUUCCGCCUUUCCCCAAGUGAAAUAAACUAUACAGUUUUGCCUGUAUAACUGCUUCUCCAGUAGAAAACCAGAAGUGGAAGGGAAUGAAGUAUUUUUGUGUUCACGCUUUGCAUACACCAAAACUGAAACAAAUUUUAGAAUCCAAGAAGAUUUGAAAAACGUGCAAGUAUGAGUAUUCUUCUAAUUGAAGCUUUUUAUGGUGGUUCCCACAAGCAGCUGGCAGAUCUUCUACAGGAGGAGAUAGAAGAAUGUGUCCUUUACACACUCCCAGCAAAGAAAUGGCACUGGAGAGCACGGACUGCUGCCCUUUAUUUCAUGCAAACAGUGCCAGCUAAUGCUAAUUACAGGUAUCUGAAAGGGAUGAAGAAGCUGUGCAACUAUGGCUUUUCCCUUCCAUCAUCCCAGCUAUAUCUGUUUGGUCUUGACCCUUUCUGUUUAUUGAAGCAGAGGAGAUUAUGUAUUUCAUGGAUCCUCUUUGCAAGCUCAGUGCUUAACCUGACUGAACUUAUUGCCCUUCGGCCUGACUUUGGCAAAUUGAAAAAGGUCCUUUACUUCCAUGAGAACCAGUUGACAUAUCCUGUACAGAAGUGCCAGGAAAGAGAUUUCCAAUAUGGAUACAACCAGAUUCUUUCAUGUUUGGUUGCUGAUAUUGUGGUGUUCAACUCUGCUUUCAAUAUGGAGUCAUUUCUUACAUCUAUCGGAAAAUUUCUGAAGCUGAUUCCUGACCACAGGCCUAAGGAUCUGGAAAAAAUAAUCAGACCAAAGUGCCAAGUUCUUCACUUUCCAAUCAGGUUUCCUGAUGUGAGCAGAUUCAUGCCGGAGCACAAACUGGCCCAUUUGGAGAAGAUAACUGGUUUUAGAGGAAAUGAAGAUACUUAUCUAUUUAGGUGUCUGCCUUUCCAACAGAAGUAUAGAGCCACUGGGAGUUUAAUGAAAACCAGCAGCUCAAGUCCUGAGUCUGGACUUUGUGAAGCACAGUCUGGACUUUGUACCACACAACAAGAAAGACUACAAUACCCAUUAACAUCACUAGAGAAACUGAACAAGUCUAAAGCAUCAGAAAGUACAAAUCAAGAAGUGCCUUGUCAAGAAGAUAAGCAACAUGUGACUUUUAACCCUUGUAAUCUCUUGAGUGGAACGGACUAUCAGCAAAGACCUUUGCACAUUGUCUGGCCUCACAGGUGGGAACAUGAUAAAGACCCUGAGAGUUUCUUUAAAGUAUUGCUGAAACUUAAAGAGAUGGACCUACCUUUUCAUAUGUCUGUCCUUGGAGAGACCUUCACUGAUGUACCAGAUAUAUUUUCAGAGGCCAAAAAGGCAUUGGAAUCUUCUGUCUUGCACUGGGGCUACUUACCUAGCAAAGAUGACUAUUUCCAAGCUCUGUGCAUGGCUGAUGUUGUGAUCUCAACAGCUAAACAUGAAUUCUUUGGAGUGGCAAUGAUAGAAGCUGUAUAUUGUGGCUGUUAUCCACUAUGUCCUAACGCUUUGGUGUAUCCAGAAAUAUUUCCAGCUGAAUAUCUGUAUUCUACACCUGAACAGCUUUUUAAAAGGCUUCAAAAUUUCUGCAAGAGACCAGAUAUUGUAAGGAAACAUCUCUAUAAGGGUGAGAUGGAUCAGUUUUCUUGGGCAGCACUACGUGGUAAAUUCAGGUCUCUGCUCACAACAGAACCUAGGGAAGAUUUGUGACAGAUGGGGCUAAGUCACAAACUUGCAGCCUAAGGCAGAAUCUGUAGAACUUUCCAGAGUGUGCCCAUAUUUACCUGAUCAGAGAGAAAAGAAAAUCUGCAGAGGAAGCUGAGCCUGGC